UGGUGUAUCAACAGCAUGCAAACAGAUAAAUACACACACACUUUGUUUGCGACAUUUGAACUGUUGACUAGGCACAUGGACAGCCCGCACACUUAUUUGCAAUCUUUAAACUCUGAAGACCAGACACGUGGACAGUGUCAGAUCCAAUGUUGUACAAAAUAAAGAAGAGAGAGCGACCUAAAACUCCUAAACAUUGAGGACAGCGUGCACUGGGACCUUGAUGGAACAACACAGAGAUACGACUGAAUAAAUACCAGAUAAUUACUCAUGGAGAGUUUUACAACCUUCCCCCUGUCCUCUGGCAAUCACAGCAGUCGCACCAACAGCACAUGUUCCCGUGACAAUGUUCUGAAAACGGUGGUUUUUCCGGUUCUCUACUCCUUUCUCUUUCUGGUCGGGCUGACCCUUAAUGGGGUGGCGGUGUGGGUGUUUUUUCGCAUCCCAUCCAAGUCUCACUUCAUCAUAUACCUGAAGAAUAUUGUGGUGGCAGAUGUCAUCAUGACCUUAACAUUCCCUUUCAAGGUGUUAUCAGACUCCAACAUCGGCUCGACUGGGCUGCGUAUAUUUGUGUGUCGGGUCUCCUCAGUGCUCUUCUACCUCACCAUGUACAUCAGCAUCCUCUUCUUCGGCCUCAUCAGCAUCGACCGCUGCAGGAAGACCCUCAAGCCGUUCAGGGGGACUAACGCUGCCCGGUUAGCCCGUCGCAAAGUCCUCUCAGGGGCCAUCUGGACGUUCCAGCUCAUUCUCUGUCUACCUAACGUGUUCCUGACGAGUAAAACGCCCAAGUCUCCAUAUUUUAAGUGCAGUGAACUGAAGAGCGACGCUGGGCUUUACUGGCAUGAGGUUGUGAAUUAUGCCUGUCAGGUCGUUUUCUGGAGCAACCUGGUGACUGUGGUGGUUUGCUACACUCUAAUCACAAAAGAGCUGUACAGAUCCUACUCCCGCACCAAAUCUCAGGGCACCGGGGCAACUAUUUGUAAAGCAUCAAGUGGAGGCACCAUUCGAAAGCCAGGACAGGCUAAAAGAAAAAUGAGCGCAAACGUGUUCCUGGUUCUGGCCGUGUUCUUUGUGUGCUUUGUGCCGUUUCACUUUGCCCGCGUGCCGUACACGAUCAGCCAGACCCAUGUGGUUAUGUUUGACUGCAAACUCAAACUCUUCUUCUUUCAGCUGAAGGAAAGCACGCUCUUCCUCUCAUCCUCAAACUCUCUUCUGGACCCUCUCAUCUACUUCUUCCUCUGCAAGUCCUUCCGGACCACUCUGUUCAAGACCCUGAAGCUGCCGCAUGGUACCUGUAGCAGGCUGCUAAAGAGAGGGUCGGACACGGACACAGACAGCACGCCUAUGAGAGACUCCUCUGUGUGUACAUAGGGCCAUUACAAAAAAUAAAGAGGUUUUGUUUUUAACAUUAUGAAAGACAAAGUGACCUAUUCUCUCACUUGUGUUCAUCCCCAUGUUGACAGUCAUUCCUAAAAACCAACAUGAAAUGACUAUUGCAGAGCAUAUUCAUGCUGAUGAAAAUCACAAAAUGAUUACAUUAACAUAUUAAAACCAUGAGACCAUGAGAAAUGUAAUCGUGCCUCUUUUUAACAGUCAGGUGUAUCACUUGAAUAUUGAACGUGAAUAUUUGCCCUAAAAAUGUAAACAAAGGCUGUUUUGGUAACGUUCUGUCAAUCUCCUCAUCUGAUAGCCUAUACCUGCCAUACUGCAGCAGUAACUGCAGUAUGGCAGUAAAUGUAUUUCCUGUUAGGAAAGAGAAGUCAAGAAGCACAGACAUCCACACAAACAUUUUUGAUUGUUGACUUACGACCAAACCUGGAAUGAUUUUUUUAAGGUUGUCCUUUCUGUUCUCUAUUCCACUUAAAAACAACAUCCUGAAGUUCCUCUUUUAGAUUGUCACAACUCUGAAGAAACAGCAUGUAUUCAUUUAAAAAACUGAAGAUAUAACUAAUCCUCCUCCUACCUUUAUAUUUAACCUCAACUUUGACCAAUAAACUCAUGUCAAUAAAGAUCUUUUAUUGUUGAACAUGCAUGAUUCUUUUGGAUAUUCUAACAGUAUAGCAGAUUAAAUUUGAUGUGAACUCUA